CUCCGAAUGUUGUUGUUGGUGGCGGCGGCGAGCGGAGCCGGAGGAGCCGCCGCAAAGAUGGAGGAGCCGUCGAGGAGGCGCUGCCGCUGCUGCCGCCGCCGCUGCUGCCGCCGCCGCCCGCGAAGCCGGAGCUCGAGCCGCAGGGGGGAUGCCGUUCUGAGUGCCUGACUGCCUCGCCCCGAAGGAUGGCCUCUGAUGGGCAUUAGAGGCACAGCGGCCCCGGGCUCCUGUCCCGUCCGUCUGUCUGUUUUCGUCUGUCUCUCUUGACAUCACCGCAGCUCCACCCCCUCCCGUCCCAGCCCCCAACGCCAGCUUCCUGUGGGCCCAGAGCCGGCAUGAACUCUCCCACCGAGUCGGGAGGCAGUGGGCUGUGGUGGUUAGCACUCAGACUGGAGCCUCAGACAUCCCGGCCUUACCAUUUAAGCAGCUGUAUGACCUAGAGUGAGUGACUUCAUCUCUGCCUCAGUUUCCCCAUCUGCACCUAUCUCCUGAGGUCAUCGUGCAGAGUAAACGAGAUGGGAUGUCAGGCCGGGAACCAUCCUUGGAAAUCCUGCCUCGGACCCCUCUACACGGCAUCCCUGUGGCAGUGGAGGUGAAGCCGGUGCUGCCGGGAGCCAUGCCCAGCUCCAUGGGGGGCGGGGGUGGAGGCAGCCCCAGCCCCGCGGAGCUGCGGGGUGCCCUGGCGGGCCCUGUGGACCCCUCACUGAGGGAGCAGCAGCUGCAGCAGGAGCUCCUGGCACUCAAGCAGCAGCAGCAGCUGCAGAAGCAGCUCCUGUUCGCCGAGUUCCAGAAACAGCACGACCACCUGACGCGGCAGCAUGAGGUCCAGCUGCAGAAGCACCUCAAGCAGCAGCAGGAGAUGCUGGCGGCCAAGAGGCAGCAGGAGCUGGAGCAGCAGCGGCAGCGGGAGCAGCAGCGGCAGGAAGAGCUGGAGAAGCAGCGGCUGGAGCAGCAGCUGCUCAUCCUGCGAAACAAGGAGAAGAGCAAAGAGAGUGCCAUCGCCAGCACUGAGGUGAAGCUGAGGCUCCAGGAAUUCCUCUUGUCGAAGUCAAAGGAGCCCACGCCAGGCGGCCUCAACCAUUCCCUCCCACAGCAUCCCAAAUGCUGGGGAGCCCACCAUGCUUCUUUGGACCAGAGUUCCCCUCCCCAGAGUGGCCCCCCUGGGACGCCUCCCUCCUACAAACUGCCUUUGCUUGGGCCCUAUGACAGCCGCGAUGACUUCCCCCUCCGCAAAACAGCCUCUGAACCCAACUUGAAAGUGCGUUCGAGGCUAAAGCAGAAGGUGGCUGAGCGGAGAAGCAGUCCCCUCCUGCGUCGCAAGGAUGGGACAGUCAUUAGCACCUUUAAGAAGAGAGCUGUUGAGAUCACUGGUGCUGGGCCUGGAGUGUCGUCCGUGUGUAACAGCGCACCAGGCUCCGGCCCCAGCUCUCCCAACAGCUCCCACAGCACCAUUGCUGAGAAUGGCUUUACUGGCUCAGUCCCCAACAUCCCCACUGAGAUGCUCCCCCAGCACCGGGCCCUCCCUCUGGACAGCUCCCCCAACCAGUUCAGCCUCUACACGUCUCCCUCUCUGCCCAACAUCUCCCUAGGGCUGCAGGCCACAGUCACUGUCACCAACUCGCACCUCACGGCCUCCCCGAAGCUGUCAACGCAGCAGGAGGCCGAGAGGCAGGCCCUCCAGUCCCUGCGGCAGGGUGGCGCGCUGACGGGCAAGUUCAUGAGCACAUCCUCCAUCCCCGGCUGCCUGCUGGGUGUGGCGCUGGAGGGUGACACCAGCCCCCACGGGCAUGCCUCCCUGCUGCAGCACGUGCUGCUGCUGGAGCAGGCUCGGCAGCAAAGCACCCUCAUCGCCGUGCCACUCCACGGGCAGUCCCCGCUGGUGACAGGUGAACGUGUGGCCACCAGCAUGCGGACAGUGGGCAAGCUCCCGCGGCACCGGCCCUUGAGCCGCACUCAGUCCUCCCCGCUACCCCAGAGCCCCCAGGCCCUGCAGCAGCUGGUCAUGCAGCAGCAGCACCAGCAGUUCCUGGAGAAACAGAAGCAACAGCAGCUGCAGCUGGGCAAGAUCCUCACCAAGACUGGGGAGCUGCCACGGCAGCCCACCACCCACCCCGAGGAGACAGAGGAGGAGCUGACGGAGCAGCAGGAGGCCUUGCUUGGGGAGGGGGCCCUGUCCAUCCCCCGGGAAGGCUCCACGGAGAGUGAGAGUACGCAGGAAGACCUGGAGGAGGAGGAAGAGGAGGAGGAGGAGGAGGAGGAAGAGGAGGAGGAGGACUGCAUCCAGGUCAAGGACGAGGAGGGCGAGAGCGGCACCGAGGAGGGGCCCGACUCGGAGGAGUCCAGUGCUGGUUACAAGAAGGUGUUCUCAGAUGCCCAGCAGCUGCAGCCCCUUCAGGUGUAUCAGGCACCCCUCAGCCUGGCCACUGUGCCCCACCAGGCCCUGGGCCGCACCCAGUCCUCACCUGCUGCCCCUGGGGGCAUGAAGAGCCCCCCAGACCAGCCCACCAAGCACCUCUUCACCACAGGUGUGGUCUACGACACGUUCAUGCUGAAGCAUCAGUGCAUGUGCGGGAACACACACGUGCACCCUGAGCAUGCUGGCCGGAUCCAGAGCAUCUGGUCUCGGCUGCAGGAGACAGGCCUGCUUAGCAAGUGUGAGCGGAUCCGGGGUCGCAAAGCCACACUGGACGAGAUCCAGACGGUGCACUCCGAAUACCACACGCUGCUCUAUGGGACCAGCCCCCUCAACCGACAGAAGCUUGACAGCAAGAAGCUGCUUGGCCCCAUCAGCCAGAAGAUGUAUGCCGUGCUGCCUUGUGGGGGCAUUGGGGUGGACAGUGACACUGUGUGGAACGAGAUGCACUCCUCCAGUGCUGUGCGCAUGGCAGUGGGCUGCCUGGUAGAGCUGGCUUUCAAGGUGGCAGCAGGAGAGCUCAAGAAUGGAUUUGCCAUCAUCCGGCCCCCAGGACACCACGCAGAGGAAUCCACAGCCAUGGGAUUCUGCUUCUUCAACUCUGUAGCCAUCACAGCCAAACUCCUACAGCAGAAGCUGAACGUGGGCAAGGUUCUCAUCGUGGACUGGGACAUUCACCACGGCAAUGGCACCCAACAAGCGUUUUACAAUGACCCGUCUGUGCUCUACAUCUCCCUGCAUCGCUAUGACAACGGGAACUUCUUUCCAGGCUCUGGGGCUCCUGAAGAGGUUGGCGGAGGGCCAGGUGUGGGGUACAAUGUGAACGUGGCAUGGACGGGAGGUGUGGAUCCCCCCAUCGGAGAUGUGGAGUACCUAACGGCCUUCAGGUGGGCACUGAGAAGGGCCAAGGGCAGGGUGGGAGCCCCCUGGGCCCUGCCAUGGGAGGGGCAGAAGGCACUCAGGUUGGUGUGGGUGAGGGGUCUUGUCUCGGGGGGGGGGGGGGGGACACAGAGUGAGGGGAGGCCUGGCCUAGCCACCUGCCAGGGUCAGCUUGGGCCCUCCCUUUGCAGGACAGUGGUGAUGCCCAUUGCCCACGAGUUCUCACCUGACGUGGUCCUGGUCUCUGCCGGGUUUGAUGCUGUUGAGGGACACCUGUCUCCACUGGGUGGCUACUCUGUCACCGCCAGAUGUUUUGGCCACUUAACCAGGCAGCUGAUGACGCUGGCAGGGGGCCGGGUGGUGCUGGCCCUGGAGGGAGGCCACGACUUGACCGCCAUCUGUGAUGCCUCUGAGGCCUGUGUCUCAGCCCUGCUCAGCGUGGAGCUGCAGCCCUUGGACGAGGCAGUCUUGCAACAAAAGCCCAACAUCAACGCAGUGGCCACGCUAGAGAAAGUCAUCGAGAUCCAGAGCAAACACUGGAGCUGCGUACAGAGGUUCGCUGCUGGUCUAGGCCGUUCCCUGCGGGAGGCCCAGGCAGGGGAGACGGAGGAGGCUGAGACUGUGAGUGCCAUGGCCUUGCUGUCGGUGGGGGCCGAGCAGGCCCAGGCUGCUGCAGCCCGGGAGCACAGCCCCAGGCCGGCAGAGGAGCCCAUGGAACAGGAGCCUGCCCUGUGACACCCUGGCCCCCGUCCCUCUGGGCUUCAUCAUUGUGAUUUUGUUUAUUUUUUCUAUUAAAAACAAAAAGUCACACAUUCAACAACGUGUGCUGUGUGGGUCUCUCAGCCUCGCCCCUCCCCUGCUCCUCUAAGCCGCCUCAGGCCUCCUGCCCAACUCCCCCCAGCAAGACCCACGUCUCCACUCUAGAAGUUUGCUCCCCCUGAAAGGUACGGGGGUACCCUUUCCAGCCUCACCUCCAUGCUGUGUCCCGUACCCGCUUCUCUGCAUUCUGUCCUUUUCCACCUUGGAGACCGGGCCGGCUUAAAGUGGGUGUGGGGCCCAGAUUGUACCUUCUAGUUUUGGAGUCUCGCUAAGUGAGGAGGGAACAGUAAGUUUGGUGCCUUGGCUUCAGCUAACUGGGGGAAAUGCCUUAAUUUCACCCUCCUCCCCUCUCCAACCUCAGGGGAAGAUCCGGAAGGUUGCUCUAUAGUCUAAGAUACAGAGUGGAGGGGAGGUGGGCUCCCACCCCGCGAUUCCCUACCCUUUUCCCUCUUUGUUGUCCUCACCAUCUCUACAUAGACCCCUUCUCCUCCUCCUUUCUCCUGACCUCAGCACCAGGGGAAGAUUUGUGCUCUAGGAUGUGGGCCUGUGGUCUGUGGGCAGGGCUGUCUGGCCUCAUACUCCUCAGGACCUCUUUGCCCUUCCCAGGGGUUGGAGAGGGUCAAAGUGUGUGGGGAGGGAUGGGGCUGGACUCCUGGGUUCGGAGGGACCAGGAGGAGUCUUAGAACCAGGCUUGCUCUCAGCCUUACUCUGUGGGCUUCCCUGCCCCUCUGCUGGCACAGCCUGGGGACGGGGAGGUGGUCCCUGCAAGGGCCGGGGGUGGUGGAGCCUCCAGGCUGGUGAGAGCCCCCUUGCUGUUCAGGACCAGAUUUCCCCAGCUAUCCAGUGGUCACUGGCCCACCUCCCUUCUGGGGCCUUUUACGUUGAAGCCUGGGGAUGGUGAGAGUGGGGUUUCUAGAAGGGGGCAGGGCCAGAACCCAGGAGUCUGCCCUCACCUGUAGCUUCCCUUCCUCCUGGGCUGCCUCUCCUGGCCACUAGCCCAAGGGAGCUAAGACCAGGAGGGGCUGGGGGCCCGCAAGGCCUAGGGAAUGCCGUCUAGCCUGUAGGAAACCAAAGAUGGGAAGUGGCUCCUAGGGGGCUGCGUCUUCCUCGGUCCUCCUGUCAACACCACAUACACUUCUUUUCUGCCCCAUCCUGAGGGCCCCCCCCGCCCCAUCUGUUUACAUAUUAUCCUAACGGGGGCCUGAGUAGGGUUGAGGGAGCCAGGGGAGGGGCAGGAGCCCCACCACCACUGGUUCGUUGCGUGCUUGUGUCCUGUGUGUUGUUAGUGUAUUCUAGAUCCUCCUGGGGGAUGUGGAUGGGGCUAGGCCCAGUGUACCAGGCCUCUCCAUGCCUAGCCCCAGCUCCAGGCCCUUCUCUCUCUCCCAUGGCUGGUCUGGUUCUCAUGUAAACCCACUCCUUGCUUUGUCUCCCUGGAUAUGGAUUUCAGUUAAGUAUCUUGUAAUCUGUUAAACUGUGUGUCCUUAUGUAAAUAAACUUGUUUCUGGCAGUG